AUGUCAAAAUAUGCUAAAAGACGAAUAGCAUUUAAACUAGCGUAUUUUGGUUGGAAUUAUUAUGGGUUUGAAACUCAAAAUGAUGAAAGUAGGUUGCCUACAAUUGAAGGACGAUUAUUUCAAGCAAUGAUAAAUUCUAAAUUAAUAAGUGAUCCAUCUGAUUGUAGGUUUUCAAAAUGUGGUAGAACUGAUAAAGGUGUUAAAUUACCUUAUUUGCAAAUAUUAAAUCGAUUAUUACCAAAUGACAUUAGAAUAAUAGCUUGGGCACCAGUAAAUAAAAAUUUUGAUGCAAGGUUUAAUUGUAAAUCUAGAAAAUAUAAAUACUAUUUUGUACAAGAAAAUUUAGAUAUAGAAUUGAUGCGAGAAGCAGCCAAUAAGUUUCUUGGUACUCAUGAUUUUCGUAAUUUUUGUAAGAUUGAUGGAUCAAAACAAAUCAAGAAUUUUGAAAGGACAGUGUUGGAAGUAGGUAUUUACCCAAUGAACAAUAAAAACAACAGUGAUAUUAAUAGUGGUAGUGAUAAUGUAGGUAAAAGACUAGAAAAGCCAUCUGUAAUUGAUGACCUUUUAGAUGUAAAGAAAUUUCCAGCUAAGCCGGUCUAUGAUAUUGCUAAUGAACUUCCAUUGGUUCUGUAUAAUUCAUUACAUGCGCCUACAACUCUUUAUAAACAAAUUUAUGAACAAUGGUAUAUUCAUGCUACAAAAGCCAAUAUCCAUUCAAAUUUAUUAAAUAAUCUUGAGUCAAGAUCACAACGUAAUUAUGUGAAAAUUAUUAAUAGAAAAACUUGUGAUUCAGUUGAAAGUAAAAAUGCAAAUUUCAAGAAAAAUUAG